GGUCGGGUUAGAAGUUAGAAGAACAACAGAAAGUAUUGCAAGCCCCUGCAGUGCCCAGUGUGAUUCGAAAAUGGAGAAGGAAAUAGGAUAUUGAAACCCUAUAAAACGAAGCAGAUCCAUUUCAGAAAGAUCCGAAAGAUGGAAUGGUUGAAUCAAAUGUUGUCGGAGCCAUAUUAUCUCUUCCAUUUUCUCACUUUCUUCUCUUAUUUAAUCGUACGCACAUCUGCAGCUUUUGUUCUCUCUCCACACAUCAUCAAUCAACUCUUUCAUCGGGAGAUUCAAGGUAUUCUCACAUUUUUACUGUUGGUCACUAUUAAGAUAGUGAGAGAAGAAACAUGGGAAGAAUUUAUUGCUAAUACUUUGUUUUAUGCUAAGGUUCUUCUGCUAGUUAUUUCUUUACUAAUUGAUUACCAUUUGGCUCUUUGGUAUAUGGUGGUAUUUUUAGUUAUAUAUAUUUUAACGCAGCAACCUGCUUUCCAAGGACUGGGUACUGCCAGUAAAUUGACGCCAUUGCAGUUGGAAGCCCUGCUGACAGAAGGAAAAACAACAAGAUUCUGGCUGGUAGAAUUUCGCGUUUUGUGUUCAUCCACUUGUUUACGUGCAAGCCGGUGCUUUCCCGAGCUCUCAAUUACAUAUUCAAACAAAAAUUUAUCUUUUGGAAUAGUUGAUCUUGGACUCUUCCCAAAUGCUGCAGAAAAAUUUGGAAUAUCUCUUGGCGGGAGCAUGGGACAGCUUCCUACAUAUAUAUUAUUUGAGAAUGCUGCUGAGAUUAAUCGAUUCCCAGAAUUCAAUUUUGAAGAAAAAUUUUCUCAUCCUCCCAUUACCAAGAAACUUCUUUCCCGCCAUUUUGAGCUCGACCGGCUUCUAGUUGAAUAUGUAAAUGGCAAAUAAACAAUUGAUUUAGACCAUGUGAUGUUCUCUUUGUAGUUGUCCAUUGAAAUUCUUCAUUAUUGAGUAUUGAGAAGUAAAGAUCAUGAUACCAAUACUUUGAUUUUUAUAACUAAUGAAUAUUAUUUGUUAGGUCAAUUUUGUUGAAAUUGAUUGA